AUGUCGUGGGGCCCCAAACUGUGUCCUAGGUCAGGGAAGUCCAAAGGCGCAGAGCCACGGCUCCGAGUGGACACCCCCUGGGAAGAGAAGGGUUGCCGCUCCUGGCGGGGAGGGAAGACCGCCGCUGCCUCCGCCAUGCUCCGCGCACUGGGCCGAGCGGCGGCUCUAGGGCUCAGGGUACCCUGGGCGCGGUGGGCUGGGAGCCGGGCGGGGGUCCCGGCCCAGGUGGUGGACCUGCGCAGCGACACAGUGACCAGGCCUGGGCCAGCUGUGAGCCGCGCCAUGGCCGAGGCAGUCGUAGGGGACGAUGACUACGGCGAGGACCCCACUGUCCGCGAGCUGCAGGAAAAGACUGCAGAGCUUCUCGGGGUGGAGCGGACUCUGUUUGUGCCCACCAACACUAUGGCCAACCUCAUCUCUGUGAUGGGUCACUGCCGGCGCCGGGGCUCCCAGCUCCUCCUUGGGCAGGAGUGCCACCUCCAGGUCUAUGAGCAGGGCGGGGUGGCUCAGCUUGCUGGGGUGCUCUCCCACCCACUCCCAGACCUGCCGCAUGGCACGCUGGACCUGGAUGAGCUGGAGAAGGUGCUUGCUCGGGGCCAUGGGAGCCCCUACCACCCAGUCUGUGAGCUUGUGUGCCUGGAGAACACACACAGCAGCUCAGGAGGCCGGGUCCUGCCCAUUGACUACCUCCGCCAGGUGCACCUCCUGGCCAGGACCUAUGGGGCCCGAGUCCACCUGGAUGGGGCCCGGCUGAUGAAUGCAGCGGUGGCUCUACGUGUGCCCCCUGCCCGCAUCGUGGAGCACUGUGACUCUGUGUCUUUCUGUUUCUCCAAGGGCCUGGGUGCUCCAGUGGGUGCCCUGGUCGGGGGGUCCAAGGACUUCAUUGAAGAAGCCUGGCGUUUCCGGAAAGCCCUGGGCGGGGGCAUGCACCAGUCUGGGGUGCUGGCUGCAGCAGCCCUGGUGGGUCUGGCUGAUGCAGAGGAGGCCCUGCUGCAGGACCAUGCGAAUGCCCAGAGAUUUGCCAAAGGUCUCCAGGAGCUGGCAUCGCCCAUCUGCUUCGUGGAUCCUGUCACCGUGGAGACCAACAUGGUGCUGGUGAGGGUGAGUGGGCUGUCACCCACGCAGCUGUGCCAGCGCCUGCAGGCUGUGAGCCCUGAGGAGGUGGCACAGAUUGGCCAUGCUGUGCGUGUGCUGCUGUUUCCCUGGACAGAGCAGUCGGUGCGCGCUGUGUGGCACCGUGGCGUCUCCACCCAGGACACUGACCUCGCACUGAGGAAGUGGGAGUUCGUGCUGAGGCAGCUGGAGCCCUGAGGACGGGGUGACCAGGGGCUGCAUGUCCUGGCUGGGACCGAGAUGGGGAGAGGUGUUCAGAGCCUGUGGCCCAGUAGCCUGCCAGAAGUAAAGGCCAACCUCUGGGGGGAGGUGACACCAUCCAAAGCCUCAGGUUUCUCUACAGUGACUCACAGGUGAUAACCUCACUCGGUCAGAAAUAACCAGGCAUAGGGUCAGACAAGAUGUGACCAAAAAUCAAGGGGAAACUCAGACAAACGGACAUGUGGGUGAUGAGGAUAAUGGAGUUAUUACACACAGAAUUUAAAAUAAAAUAUUUAAGGAAUUACAA